GAGAGAGAGAGAGAGAGAGAGAGAGAGAGAGAGAGAGAGAGAGAUCACAGCCAAGAUGAAGCUGUGUAAAACUUUUCUCGAGAAUGAGUUCCACGGGCAGCUGCUGAGUCAGAGGUGGACAAAAGGGGACCGGAUCAGCAGCUGGGAGAGCAAGAGGAGUAAAAGAACCAAAAUGAGCCAAGACACAGAGGAGAAAAGGACACGGACCCGCUCAAAAGGCAUCAGAGUUCCCCUUGAGCUUGUGGGACAAGAAUACAGUUGUCCGACACCAGGAUGUGAUGGUUUGGGUCAUGUUAGUGGAAAAUAUGCUCGACACAGAAGUGCAUUGGGUUGUCCGUUAGCAAAAAAAAGGAAACUCCAGGAAGCAGAAGAAAGCCAGUCAGUCUCAAAGAAGAAGUCCAAUCCCCUGAAGCUGGCAAUGGAUGAUGGGUUCAAUGCAGACAGUGAUACAAACAGUGAAACUGAACCAAAGGAUGAAGCAGCAGAGUCUGAUGAAGACACAGCAGAGAAAGAAGAAGAGCCUAAGAAGAAGGAUCAUACAUCCGAGCCAUUGACAGAAGUAAUUUCACAAGAGGUCCCUGAAGGUAAAAAUACAGCUCUCAAAGACAUUUCUAUUCCAGCACCUGAAGAGGAGUCUAAAAAAGAACACAUUGAGUCUGAAGCGACUCCCAUCCAACAAGUGACUGUAGAGACUGAAAGUGAGGAGGGCCUUCAAGUUGCCGCAGAGAUCCAGGCCGGAGAGGAAGAGGAGGGAGAUGGAGAAGAAGAGAUGACGGAAGAAGAGAGAAUGACUCAGCAGCUGAAAGCCACUGAUGACCCUGUGCAGGUAUCAGAAGAAGACGGUGAGGAAGAAGAAGAACAUGAUGAGGAGCAUGAGACGCAGUGCUCGAGUCAGAAGAACAAUUCAGACCACCAGUACUUCAGUGGAGACUUCAACAAAGUUCAGGCCAAAGAAACUGAUGAGAAAUCAAAUGAUCAGGAAGAUGAUAUUGAUGAAAUGGAAGAAGAGGAGGAGGAGGAGGAAGAGGAGGAGGAAGACGAGGAGGAAGAUGAGGAGGAAGAGAUGCAGGAACAGGUAGAGCCCAGCCAUUCCCCCAGCACUGUAGCCACCAGCUUCUCAGCUCAGGUAUCAGAACCAGAUGCCAUGAUAAAUAAUUGUGAGAAACCCGAAACUCGUUUAAGUGAGGAUGAGGAAGCAGAAGAAGAAGAGGAAGAAGAUGAGGAGGAGCAAGAGGAUGCAUCGAACAAAGCCUCACCUACAGUGGUCAUAGAGCUUCAAUCUGACGACGAGGACGAGGUUGAGGAGGAAGAAGAGGAUGAUGGUGAGGAUGAAGGAGAGGAAGAGGUAGAUGAAGCAGAAGAUGAGGAAAUGGACAGUGUGUCUCACAGGUCAGAGGUGACAGACGAGUCUGAGACAUAUGACAUGACGCGGGGAAACCUGGGCCUGCUAGAGCAGGCCAUCGCACUGAAGGCUGAGCAGACAGCACGCAGUUCUGAGGAGAGCCACUCUCCAGAACAGCAGAGCUACCACAGUGCAGAUGAGAGGAGCAGCAAGAUGGCUGAAAACACACCACGCAGGGGAUACUAUGGUAAAGAAGGAUCCAGAUCAGAGAAGAAGGAAGUAAAGUGUCCAACACCAGGAUGUGAUGGGACAGGUCAUGUGACUGGACUGUACCCUCACCAUCGGAGCCUUUCUGGGUGCCCACAUAAGGACAGGGUACCACCUGAAAUCUUGGCCAUGCAUGAGAAUGUGCUGAAAUGUCCGACACCUGGGUGCAAUGGCCAAGGCCAUGUCAACAGCAACCGCAACACACAUCGCAGUUUAUCCGGCUGCCCAAUUGCUGCUGCAGGGAAACAUUCAAAGAAUUACGAGAAGCCAUCUCAGACCCAGGCUUCAGUCAGUGAGCAAGCUGUUGGUGGCUCUAACUCAGACAGAGUACUCAGGCCCAUGUGUUUUGUGAAGCAGUUGGAGAUUCCUCAGUAUGGUAGCUACCGGCCUAAUGUGGGACCAGCCACUCCACGAGCCAACCUGGCAAAGGAGCUGGAGAAGUACUCCAAGGUGUCCUUUGACUAUGCAAGCUUUGACGUGCAGGUGUUUGGGAAGCGCAUGCUUGCCCCAAAGAUGCCUGCCAGUGAAACCUCACCUAAAGCCUUCAAAUCAAAACAAUUCCCUAAAGCUUCCUCCCCGAACCAGAACUUAUCAGGAGGCUACACCAAGAGCAGCUCUUCCUCCACUUCCAGUGGAUAUGAUUAUACCCACGAUGCCGAGGCUGCACACAUGGCUGCUACUGCCAUCCUGAACCUGUCCACACGCUGCUGGGAAAGGCCAGAGAACCUCAGCACCAAACAUCAGGACCAGACCAGCAAAGAUAUGGAUAUUGAGGUUGAUGAGAAUGGCACCUUGGACCUCAGCAUGAAGAAACCCAAAAGAGAGGGUGUGAGGUCACCUGACCCUUCUUCCUCAUCGUCGUCUUCGUCACAACAGCAUGGAGUUACCUCACCUCACUCUGGCCAUGCCUACAAAAUAGAAGAGUGGGAGGGGCCAAUAGACUACACCAAGACAACCCGGCAGAAGGAGGAGGAGCCUGAGGAGGUGGAUUAUACCACCCAGUCUUAUGCUUCUUCUGAUGGAGAGGAUGAUGAUGUAACACAAGAGGGUCUGGAGGACAGGAAGUACCCUGGUGAGGUCACCACUUCCAGCUUUAAGGUUAAGCUCACAUCAAAGGAAAACAAGAAAGAGCUCCUGCUAUGUCCCACCCCAGGAUGUGAUGGCAGUGGUCAUAUAACAGGAAACUAUGCAUCUCACCGCAGAUGUCCCACUCCAGGCUGUGAUGGAUCAGGACACAUCACUGGAAACUAUGCUUCACACAGAAGUUUGUCUGGAUGUCCUCGAGCAAAGAAGGGAGGAGUGAAAACAACCCCCACCAAGGAUGACAAGGAGGAUUCAGAGUUGAUCAAGUGCCCAGUGCCUGGCUGUGAUAGUCUGGGUCAUAUCAGUGGGAAGUAUGCCACUCAUCGCAGUGCCUAUGGGUGUCCUCUGGCAGCACGCAGACAGAAGGAGGGCCUGCUGAAUGGCACACCUUUCUCCUGGAAGUCCUUUAAGACAGAGGGCCCCACCUGCCCCACUCCGGGAUGUGACGGCUCAGGCCACGCCAACGGCAGCUUCCUCACUCAUCGCAGCUUGUCAGGUUGUCCAAGAGCUUCUGCUAACAAGAAAAGAGCGAGGUUCCCUGGGGAUGAUUACAUCAGCAAGAAAUUCAGGGCAAGCGAUGUUCUUGAUAAUGACGAAGACAUAAAGCAGCUGAACAAAGAGAUCAGUGAGCUCAAUGAGUCAAACUCUGAGAUGGAGGCAGACAUGGCCAACCUACACACACAGAUUUCAUCAAUGGAGAAGAAUCUGAAGAGCAUGGAGGAGGAAAAUAAAUUAAUUGAAGAGAAAAAUGAAGCUCUGUUCAUGGAGUUGUCUGGCCUGAGCCAGACUCUUAUCCGUAGUUUGGCCAACAUCCGCCUGCCACAGAUGCAGGAGCCCAUCAGUGAACAGAACUUUGAUACAUAUGUGGACACUCUGACCCACAUGUUCAGCAACAAAGAGUGCUAUCAGAACCCUGCAAACCGAGCCCUGCUCGAGUCCAUCAACCAGGCCGUCAAAGGCAUUGAGGUAUAA